GAUGCUUAAACUUCAGUAUUUAAACAUUUCUCACGGACAUCGUAUUUUUAAAAAUCUCUUAUUAGACGGCUCCUUUUGCCCUCUCAUUACUCUCAGCUUCAGUACAAUGGCAUGGUGGUGAACGACUCUAUUUUGAUGUGAUUCACCUGGUUUUCUUGAAGAAGGGAGAGCUGCAAUGGAGGUUUUGAUUGAAAAGAAGGAAGGCAUUGAAGAUAAAAAUGAACGGUGCAAACAAAUGGGGUUGAGAUUGAAACAUUUGCGGCUUUGAUUGAAGAAACCACCUUGAGAGCAGUUCAAGCUCUGAUAUUUUUUUGACAUCUGAGAUGACAGGGCACGAGGAAGAGGAACAGAGUCACAGUAGCACUGAGUCAUCUUCACCACCUUCAUUGGGUUGGCCUAUUCAGAAAGCUGAAGGUACCAGACUGCACUAGUUCUAAUGGUAAUGAAGAUGAAAGAGAAACCCCACUUGGAUGGUGGUAGGAAUUUAGAGAAACAAGGUUCAGAAAUAUCAGUUCUUCUCAGAGCCAUGUCUCACGCUGAAAUUCAGAUUCCAAGAGUCAAACUUGGAAACCGGGGUUUAGAGGUUUCAAAGUUGGGAUUUGGGUGUGCUGGGCUAACUGGGGCAUAUAGUGAUCCCCUGUCUGAUGAAGAAGGAAUUUCAGUCAUAAAGCAUGCUUUCAGUAAGGGAAUCACUUUCUUUGACACAGCAGAUAUUUAUGGAGCCAAUGCUAAUGAAAUCAUGAUUGGAAAGGCUUUGAGGCAGUUGCCUAGGGAUAAAAUCCAGCUUGCCACCAAAUUUGGUCUUCUUAAAAUGGAAGCUGAUGGUAUGGAAGUUUGUGGCCGCCCAGAAUAUGUAAGGAGGUGUUGUGAGGCUAGUCUUAAACGACUUGGCGUGGACUACGUUGAUCUUUAUUAUCAGCAUCGGAUUGACAAGUUGGUUCCAAUUGAGGACACUAUGGAAGAGCUUAAGAAGUUGGUUGAAGAGGGGAAGAUAAAGUAUAUUGGGUUAUCUGAAGCUAGCCCAGAUACAAUUCGGAGGGCUCAUGCAGUUCACCCCAUUACCGCAUUACAGAUGGAGUGGUCUUUGUGGACUCGUGAUAUCGAAGAAGAGAUAGUCCCCCUUUGCAGGGAACUUGGAAUCGGGAUAGUGGCUUACGGCCCUCUUGGCCGUGGUUUUUUUGCAGGGAGGGCAGCUAUUGAGAGUGUGCCAGCAGUGGGUUUAAUGUCUACACAUCCAAGGUUCACGGGGGAAAAUCUAGACAAGAACAAAGUACUAUAUGAGCGAGUUGUGAAGUUGGCUUCUAAGUUUGGCUGCACCUCCGCUCAACUGACUCUCUCGUGGCUUCUCCACCAAGGUGAUGACGUGAUCCCAAUCCCUGGGACAACCAAGGUUAAGCAUGUAGAUGAUAAUGUUGGCUCCUUGAAAGUGAAGCUCACUGCAGAGGACUUGAAAGAGAUUACAGAUGCUGUGGCCAUCAAUGAGGUGGCUGGAGCUAGAAUCCAUGCAGGGAUAGAAUUGUCCUCUUGGAGGUUUGUAAACACACCUUCAAAGAGUGACAAUGCAUCAGAACAAGACUCAUGAUUUAAUCAGUUAGGCUUCUAAAUUACUAAUAAUAAUUCUUGACUUUUGCUUUAUUUGGUUGAGCUUGACUGGCAUAAUGUUCUUAUAAUUAUAAAACUACUUCGAGGAAGGAGAUUAAUGGUGUG